AAGUGUCGGCUCGUCCCCUCCAGACCCUCCCAGUAGACGUCUGGCGUCUAACAGCAGUCUUGGCCGCGGUACAAAGAGUGAUGGAAAACACAUGAGCCACGACAGGCUGGAUCGCGCCCCUCAGUUCGAACAUGGUUUAGUGCAGAGACGCAGCUGCGAGUCUCGCCUCGGUGCCACUGCCGGCAGGGAGAGAAGCGCCCCGGGCCCGCCCGAGCCUGCUGGACGGUCGCGCGCUCCGACGCUGGGCUGUUUGCUGCCGAGGUUGGGGACCUUCUCUGAGCAGCCAUGAAGGAGCUCUUCUUCCUCCUCCUGCUUCUGGCCUUGGGCGCUGCCAAACCCUUCUCCGGCCCUGCCUCUCUGGCCCUCAAGAACAUGAUGCUCCAAGACACGGACGAGGACGACGACGACGAGGACGAGGAUGACGAGGACGACAAUUCUCUCUUUCCGACACGACAGCCGAUAAUGCCCUUCUUUCCCUUUGACUUGUUUCCAUCGUGCCCCUUUGGGUGCCAGUGCUACUCGAGAGUGGUCCACUGCUCCGACCUGGGUUUGACCUCGGUCCCGAGCAACAUCCCCUUCGACACGAGAAUGAUGGACCUCCAGAACAACAGGAUCAAGGAGAUCAAGGAGAACGACUUCCGAGGGCUCACCUCCCUCUACGGCCUCAUCCUGAACAACAACAAGCUGACCAAGAUCCACCCCAAAGCCUUUCUGCCCGUCCCGAAGCUGCGGCGCCUCUACCUGUCCCACAACCUGCUCACCGAGAUUCCCGCCAACCUCCCCAAGGCGCUGGCCGAGCUCAGGAUUCACGACAACAAAGUGAAGAAGAUCCAGAAGGAGGCCUUCAAGGGGAUGACGGCCCUGCACGUGCUGGAAAUGAGCGCCAACCCUCUGGACAACGACGGCAUCGACCCAGCGGCCUUCGAAGGCGUCACCGUCUUCCACAUCCGAAUCGCCGACGCCAAGCUGACCUCGGUGCCCAAAGGCCUCCCGUCGUCUCUCCUGGAGCUUCACUUGGAUGACAACAAGAUCUCCACGGUGGAACUUGAGGACUUCAAGCGGUACAAAGACCUCCAGAGGCUGGGCCUGGGGAACAACAAGAUCAAGGACGUGGAGAACGGAAGUCUGGCCAACAUCCCCCGCGUGCGGGAAAUCCACUUGGAGAGAAACAAGCUGAGAAAGGUGCCCCCGGGGCUACCGGACCUGAAGUACCUGCAGAUCAUCUUCCUUCACCACAACAACAUCACCAAAGUGGGCGUCAACGACUUCUGCCCGUUGGCGGGGGCGGCGCGGAAGAAGAAGUCCCUGUACAGCGCCAUCAGCCUGUUCAACAACCCCGUGAAGUACUGGGAGCUGCAGCCGGCCGCCUUCCGCUGCGUGCUGAGCCCCCUGAGCCUCCAGCUGGGGAACUUCCGGAAGUAGCGGGGGAGGGGCGCGCCGCGCCCAGGGAGACAGCUAUGCAUGCAGCCGCCAGCUCGCUUUCCUGCUUCCGGGCUCCUCGCCUCUAUUUAUUGGUGGCCUCCCAGAGCCGCGAAGCCACGCUUGGGAACGAGGAUGCCACUAUUAAAAGGUCUCAUUCGCAGAGCA